AUACCAUCAAUAAUAAUGGGGAACAUCAAUUCCUUGCCUAACAAGACUGAGGAGCUGGAGGCGUUUGUUAAAUCUGACAGAGCCUAUCGGGAGUGCUGUUUGUAUUUCCUAACAGAGACGUGGCUAGCGGAUAACAUCACUGACUCACUUGUCAACAUAACCGGCUUCACCAUGAAAGCUGCAGAAUUGGGAAGGAAAAUGGAUGGAAAAGAGCUCAACAAAGAUAAUAGCACAACUGAAAAUUACAGCUCCAACAGUGUCACCAUGGAAACUACUGAAGAAUCAAAGCUGGCAAUGGGGUUUGAAGUGGAAGUCAAUGAAUCUAAUUCAUCUGAGCAGGAGAAAUAUUUCUAUGUGGAUGAUGAAUCAGUUUAUUCUGAGACAGGCUUGUCUUAUAUUUCAGAAGAAAAGGGGACAAUUGGCACAUUGUUACCUAACAUGCCAGUGAUUACUGUUGAUAUUAACAAUCCUGAGUAUACUGGGGGCAGCGGUUGCCCUGAAAUGUCCUGUCAAAAAAUAAUGGCUGUCGAUCAAGUUGAUCAUCAAUAUCUCAGCAAGAAUGUGUCCACCAAACCAGAUGAAACACCGUGCAGUGCUGAUAGUAUUUAUGAGAAUCAGCCAGAUCUUGACCCAGAUGCUGAAGUUAAUUCAGUAGCUGAAGAUUGUCAGUAUCUGGCAGCACAGAUAGAACAUGACUCCAUAGUCCAAGAAAUUCCAUGUGAACCAUCUAUUUCGGAGGAAGCAGCAUUACAGCAUUCCAUGACAGAAUAUGCAAUGUCAGAUGCUUCCAAUGAAUUCUGCCAUGAACUUUACCCUGAGGAUAUGAAUGAAUCACUGAGAGGUGAGAUAGCAGUAGGGUCCUCUGAUAGUGACACAGAUGAAAAAUGGAGAGUAAUAUUUUCCUCUUCCAUUAAUAAGGAAGAUGAUGAUUCAUACUUGGACAGCCUCCAGCUUAGUGCCCAGGAGCUCUUUGUACAGAAAGUUGAGAUGGUAGAUUUUAAAGAAGAGGACAGUACUUUUGAAGAGGUCAGACUUGAGAUUCCACAAAUGGACAAGGUGCCACAGCAACUUGACAAUAUUGUCUCUGCCACUGCACAACCACAAGAAUUAAAACUGAAUCAUUUAGUUCAUCAGUCAUUAUCCAAAUUUUCCGAAGAUGAAAGUGAAAACCGUAAAGAUGACAAUAAUAACCACAACACUCAUGAAAGGCAUGCCCAAAACAGCAAAUCAGAUCUUACAAAAAAGCUACCAAAAGAUUUCUGUGUGAUACAGGAGACAAGGAGUGAAAAUGUUAGUACAGAACAUGUGGACUUCCACCUGGCUCGUAAACAGUGGCAGCAAAUGGAGGAGAAGAAUAAGACAGUCUUACAUACAGCAAAGCAGCUCAGCUUCCACAGUAGCCACAGCUGUAUGUACACACCAGUCCGGAACAUAGAAAGAGCUCAGAGUAAAUCAUGCAAUCAAGAGAGCUUAAAUCUUGCUGAGGAUUGUACCAACACUAAAAUCAGCCCUUGCUCAGAUGAUUCUGGUGUGGAUGACCCCAGCUACAGGUAUCUUUAUAGUGAUCUAGACACACCCCUUGAAAGAGAAAUUGAUAUAUGUGUGGAACAAGAGGAGAAGUUAAAGACAGAGAGGGGGCUUUCCAAGAUGGGCAAAUCCACUGAUUGUGUUCCAUCACAAGAAAUCCCCAGCUCUCCAAUGAUGCCAUCAUUUAUCAUCACCUCUUCACCUACUAAGUACACAUGGAAAAAUGAAGGGUCUGCAAACAUCAUGCUUGACCCGGGCAAUGGUUUUUCCUCCAGUCCAAGACAAAAGAAAGACACAGUGAUGGGGCAUUCCAGUAAGUGGCAAUCUGAGGACAGCAGCAGCAGUACCAUUCUCUUUGAGACAUCCAGUCUGAUGACGCGCAGUGCCUCAGAGUGCUCUCUCAAUAGUACACACGAGCAACCCCUUGAGAAGAUGUUUUUGAACAACCCUUUCUUCAAGUUGCGGUCCAGAAGUACUGUAUCACUGGUAGAUGAAGAGAUUAAGAUGGUGAAGCAGAGAGAGGAAGAGCUGAGGAAAGAGAGAGCCAACCUCUAUGCCAAAGCUGAGUUCAGUGCCAAGCAUAUGGGCAAUAUGUCAUUUGACAGUUCAGUUGAUCAGCCACUGAAGUGUAAGUCUUCUCCUACAUCACCAGUGAAAGCUGCAUACAAAAUGGAUUGUUCCUGUUUAUCCUGUGAUCACAGGAUGUGAGAAAGCACCUAAACAUCAACUGAACAUCCACAGGCAAGCUAU